AUGAUAAAGCACAAUGCAUUACUAAAACACCUGAUGCUAACUGGGAUAUUAUAUAGCGGCUGGAAUAAAGCUGCUGUUGGGAAGCAAAUUUGGGAUAUUAUUUGUACUAAAUCUUCUCUAUGGGUUGUUUGGAUUGCUAAGAACAAGUUAAAGCUCAUCAGCUUUUGGGGCAUUACUAAAACACCAGAUGCUAACUGGAUAUUCCAAAAGUUACUAUUGUUAAAGACGUCUGGAGGAAUGGAAGAUGGCGAGUGGCGACUACCUGACCCAAUGGAUCAGUUGACUCUUCAGGCAUGGGAGGAAGUGCAGAAGUUCUCUUUACCUACAACUGAAGACACUAUUGCUUCUGCUUGGGAAGCUAUUAGAGAUUGUAAGCCACAAGUGAGCUGGUACAAGUUACUGUGGGGCAAACUUAAAUCAGGAAUAGGCUUGCUACUAAAGAGAGGUUGUUUCGAUGGAAGAUUACGUCUGAUGACUUGUGCAGCUUUUGUUCUUCUCAUAAAGAGAUUGUCGAGCACCUUUUCUUUGAAUGCUCUAUUUCUGGCACAGUUUGGAAGGAUGUAUUACAGAGAUGAUCUACUAAGCGGAUAGAUGCUGACCACGAGUUUUAAAGUUGCUCCUCCAUAUCCAAGGCGAGAAUCGAAUCUUCGACCACUGAUUAAGGUAAAAAAAUUAUUACCAUCUCAUUUAAACUCUCGUGAUUAAUUAAAAAAAAAUUAAUGUAAUAAAAUAUAAACAUUCACCUAAAAUAAAGUGAGUAAAAGGUUAUUUUAAUUAUUUCGAUUUUUAUAAUUUAUUCUUCAUGCCUUCAAUCUUGCUUACUGAACUUGCCCAAUUGGCAGUCUGCUAUUUCUAUUUUUUUAACAACAACAACAACAACAACAAUAAUAAUAACUGCAUAUAUAAGAUUAAACAUGUAUUUAAUAAAAAUUAUAUAUAAAUUCAAUUAGUGUCACCCAUCAACCGUUCUCAACUCAAUCAUAAAGUUUGCAAAAGCCCAUUAUUUUAACAAAUAAAUAUUAUUGGCAUAAUUGGCCCUUCGACUUUGCAAAAAAAUUAUUUUAGCCAUCAAUUUAAUUUUUCACCUCAUUUAUCCCUUGAAAUUGCAUUAUUUGUCAAAUCACGUUACCAAUUAUUUUUUUAAUAUUUAAAAUUAUUU